AUGAAUAAUAUUUUAAGUAAUAUAAACAGCCAAAACUUUCCAAUUGAGCAAAUCAGCAUUAAAAAUGCUAAGAACUGGAGUUGUAAUAUUAGUCAAUCUGCAUUAAUUAUAAUUGAUAAUUUUGACGAUUUAUGCACAUUUAAUAAUCAGACGAAUUUAAAUAAUCGAUUUCCAAAGCAGCUGAAGUUUCUCGUGUAUGUUGAUGAGUUUCAAACUGAUAAUUUUAUAAAUAUGAACUUACCUCAAAAAUUGAGCUAUUUUUAUGGAAAUAUUGCGUUUUUUCAAUAUUUAAUGAUUAAGACUAUUUACCAAACCAUCAGUUUAUUCACAAUAAAAUGGUUCUUACCUCAUAAUUGCAACAAACCUUUUGCAAUUCAAGAAAAUUACUUCGAUUUAAUAACAAGAAGAUGGAAGUGGGACACAGAUUUAAUGGAUAUAAAUUAUCACAAUUUUUAUGGAUGUACUUUACAAGUAGGAUUAUUAUCGAACUUUCGUGAUUUUGGAUAUAAAGAUAAAUUUGAUAGAAAGAUUAAAGGAAGUCUAGUGAGUCUUUACAAAAUAAUUGGAGAAAAGGGAAAUUUCAAACCAAACUACCUUAUUCUCGAUCCUGACACAAAUUCAACAUUUAUACUUGAUAAAUAUUCAAGGAACUUGCUAGACGUUUUUAUUGACAUUAAAUCAGUCGCUGUUACAUCUCAUCAUGUGACGACAACAUUCAAUCAAAUUGAAAUAAUUUUUAUGAUCACGCCAAGUCAAAAGUAUACAAACUUUGAGAAAAUGGUGAUGCCUUUUGAUAGAAUUACAUGGAUUUUUUUGGCCGUUACGUUUUUGAUUGCAUUCUUUGUAAUUUUUUUCGUCAAUCGAUUAUCGUUUAGAUAUCAAGUAAUGAUCUAUGGCGAAGGCGUUAAAAUGCCUGCUUUAAAUAUAGUUCGAACAUUUUUUGGCAUCGGUCAAGCUCGACUUCCAUUCUCAAAUUUUCCACGAAUAAUUCUAAUAUUCUUUGUGUACUUUUGCUUAGUAAUACGAACAGCUUAUCAAGGUGUCUCAUAUUAUAUGCUAACAAACGAUAUAAGACGUCCAGCUAUAACUCAAAUUAAAGAUCUUUUUGAAAAUAAUUAUACGGUUUGCACAAUAAAUUCAGCUGUUUUUACAACAGCAUUAAAAAGGAUGGUUGAAAAUGGAAGCAAAAUAAGCAGUGAAAACUUUCCAAUUGAGCAGAUCAGCAUCAAAAAUCCUAAGAAUUGGAGUUACAAAAUAAACCAAUCAGCACUUAUAAUAGUAAAACGAUUUAACGAAUUAUAUACAUUUAAUCAUCGAACAAUAUUGAAUAAUCGAUUUCCAAAGUUACUGAAAUUUCUCGUGUAUGUCGACGAUUUCUUAACUGAAAAUGCUGUAUAUUUAGAUCUACAACAAAAAUUGAGUUCUUAUCAUGGAGAUAUUGCUUGUUUUGAAUAUAUCAUGGUUAGAAAUAACUAUCAGACUGUAAGUUUAUUAACAAUUGAUUGGUACACACCUGAGAGCUGCAAUAAUCCAAUAGCUAGUCGGAUAAAUCUAUUUGAUUUACUUUCAAGAACAUGGACGCUAAAAAUUGAUUCAAUGACAAAAAAGUUUCACAACUUCCAUGAAUGUACUUUACUAGUUGGAUCGUUCUAUAAAUACUUAAAAUAUGCAUUUAAAGAUAAAAUUGAUGGAAAAAUUAAAGGAAGUCUUGUCAGUCUUUUCAAAAUACUCGGUGAAAAAAGCAAUUUCAUACCAAGUUAUCAACUUCUCGAUGAAGAUUCUUCGUCUAAUCUUAAGAAAGAUUCCAAAUUCAGGUUAAAUGUUUUCAUUGAAAUUAAAUCAGUCGGGGUUACGACUCAUCAUGUGACGACAACAUUCAGUCAAAUUGAUAUGAUCUUCAUGAUCACACCAAGUCAAAAGUAUACAAAUUUUGAGAAAAUGGUAAUGCCUUUUGACUGCCUUACAUGGAUUUUUCUGUUCACUACUUUCUUCGCAGCUUUUUUCGUCAUUUUUUUUGUCAAUCGAUUAUCGAUGAAAUAUCAAGUAAUUCUAUAUGGCGAAGGCGUCAAAAUGCCUGCCUUUAAUAUUGUUGGAACAUUUUUUGGAAUCGGUCAGACUCGACUUCCUAUGUCAAAUUUCCCACGAAUGAUUCUUAUCUUUUUUGUGUACUUUUGCUUAGUAAUACGUACAGCUUAUCAAGGUGUCUCAUAUUAUAUGCUAACCAACGAUUUAAGAAGACCAGUUAUAACUCAAAUUAAAGAUCUUUUGGAAAAUAAUUACACAAUUUAUACAAUUAGUCCGAAGGAGUUUGUUGUACCAUUAAGGCAAAUGAUUGAGAAUGGAACAAAGUAA